CUCCUAUCUGUGAAACUCUUUCUAAUCACUAUCUUCCAUAUCUACCACUCCAAGCUUAGUUUGCAUAUUCCAACAUAUACAUCAAGAUGGGCGUCCAUGUAUUCCCUUCUUCGACGACACAGACACAUACAAUCCCGUGUUUUGCAGACCUGUCCAAAUAUGCAGUGACAGAGAAUGGUUUUCUGCCAGCCGAUCUCCCCCUACGACGUCUACCCAGGUACUACGAGCCAUGGGAAGCAAUCAUCACCAAACUAAGCAAACUCCUGGCACACGACUUGCUACAUGAUGAAAUCCGGCAUCUCCCAAUUCUAUCCGUACACAAGCUACAAACCGUCGCAGAAUGGAGAAGAGCAUAUGUCAUCCUCGCAUUCUUCACACACGGCUACAUCUGGGGAGGUCCAAAGCCGUCAGAGAUUCUCCCUCCACAAGUCGCAGUCCCCUUCGCCGCCAUAUCACAGCACCUCGAACUCCCACCCGUCGCCACAUACGCCGCCCUAAAUCUCUGGAACUUCACCUCCGCGUCCCCAGACUUCAGUACCCUCGACGCCCUCCAAUCUCUACACACCAUGACCGGCACCCUGGACGAGGCAUGGUUCUACCUCGUCUCCGUCGCCGUCGAAGCCCAAGGCGCCCCCGCCAUCCAAAUCCUCCUCCGCGCCAUGGAAAGCGCCGAAGCGCAAGACUACACAGGAGCCACACAACGUCUCGAAGAGAUCGUCCCGCAUAUCCACCGCCUCGGCAAGGUCCUCAUGCGUAUGUCCGAGAAGUGCGACCCGGACGUCUUCUACGACGACAUCCGCCCGUUUCUCGCCGGGAGCAAGAAUAUGGCAUCGGCGGGACUGCCGAAUGGCGUGUUCUACGAUUAUGGGGAUGGCAGGGGCGAGUGGAUGCAGGUGCGUGGCGGGAGUAAUGCACAGAGCUCGCUGAUACAGUUCCUCGACUUGGCACUGGGGGUGCGGCAUGAGUCGAAUGGCGAAGUGAAGGCCGUAGGUACGGGUCCGGUACGGUCGUUUCAUGAGGAGAUGCGAGACUAUAUGCCCGGCCCACACCGUCGAUUUCUGGAGGAUGUGUCUGCGGCGUCGAAGAUCCAGGAGUUUGCGCUUCGGCCCGGGCACGCUGUGCAGCAGACGCGGCUUCGAGAUGCGUAUCAGGCGGCGCUGCAGGCGUUGAGUGAUUUUAGGGGCUUGCACCUUCAGAUCGUGACGAAGUACAUCAUCAUACCCUCGAGGCGAUCGAAACAGACACUGAGGACGAACUUGGCGUCUAUGUCGAGUGAUGUUGCGAAACAGAAGGAUGGUGCUCUUACUGGGACAGGGGGUACGGAUUUAAUGCCAUUUUUGAAGCAGACAAGGCAGGAGACGGAGGAUGCUGGCAAGACGGUGUUGCAUUAG